AUGGCGAAGCUCUUCUGUGCGAUCGUUGGCGUGGCGGGCAGCGCGUUCUCGGUGCGAGUGGAUGAGAGCGACACGGUGGACGACUUGAAGGACGCGAUCAAGGCGAAGAAGCCGAACGACUUCAAGGACAUCGACGCAGACAAGCUGCAGCUCUUCCUGGCGAAGAAAGACGAGGGCCGCGGCGCGUGGCUGACGGAGGCAGACGUGAAGAAGGGUGUGAAGGACACCACUGGCCUGAAGCUGUUGGAUAAGGCGCGAGCGAGGCUACGGCGUGUGGGGUUGUCGGACAAGGAUGUCGGUGGAGUGGAUGAAGAAGAAGAAGCAGAAGGGAGAGGCCCUGUGAACGUGCUGGUGGAAGUUCCGGAGGGGGGGAAACGCAAUCGGUCGGAUGAGUGGUUCGGGGAGACCUCCCACCCGAUGAAGAAGCGCCGAGUGGAUGCGGGAGUGGACGAGGAGAGGAGAUUCUUCGACAUGAGAGACUUCCCUCCGCUGCUGGCGCACCCCAAGGUGGAAUUCAAAACGAUCGUGGAGAGGAAGGCGUAUCUUGUGAUUUUCGCUCAGUUGAUGGAUUACGCGAAAUCAUGCUUCGAAUACAAAAGUAAACCCGGCAAAGAUUCCAACGUGAUAGUCACGGGGAACCCUGGGACUGGGAAGAGUCGCUUCUUUCUGUAUUGCAUCUUUCAACUCGUUCGUCGUGAGCGAGAUGAUGUCAAACAGCUUCCCCCGUACGAGUUGGUGCUGAACUACGGCAGCACGUUUUACAAGUACGAUGCAACAAAAGAUGAAUUUGUCGAGUUGGACGGAGAAAGUGUUGAGUUGCUUCGGACACAACCUCGUGUUCUCCGUCUUGUCGAGGCAGCAUCAACACACCUUUCUGGCUGGAAAGGAGUUUCGGUUUUGUUUGCUUCUCCGGGUGCUGAAGGCGUGAAUGAUUUCGAAAAAGUGGACGGAUUGACGUAUAUCAUGCCGACGUGGACCUUGGAGGAGCUGGCAGAAUACAACUCAUUGCUUCCAGAUGACUUGAAACUCGCCGAAGACGUUUUGGUUUCGAGAUUCGACACGUUUGGUGGAGUUCCGCGGUUCAUCUUCGCGCAGGCGAGGGGUGAAACCAUGGCUAAACUGCACAAAGCGAUCAAAUCAUUCAGUGCACUGAAAAUCAUCUCCUAUUGCAAAGAAAAUGCUGCUGUAAUGGAGAACAACUAUAGCCACUGCGUUCUUCAGAUGAUUCCCACGCAAGACAACUACCGCGCGAACUUCCAUUUGGAUUUUCUGUCCAUGCACGUCGCCGAUGCGAUUAUUGACAAAGUGCACGGGGAAAGUCUGGCAAGGGUCUCGGAGUUCGCUAUUCUGCACGAUGCUGAUGAUUCGGGAAGUACAGCUGUCAUUCGUGGCAAGAUGUACGAGCUACUCUGCCACAAAUGGCUUAGCCUGCAGAAGGAGAGAACGUUGCACUUCCGCUCGUUGUGCUCGACGACUAUGGGAGAUUUGACUAUUCCGAAAGAGAUGCAAACGGUACGCUUCGCUGUUCUCGACAAAGUUAAACUCGCUAAGAGCUGGACGUACUACCGGCCAACAUCUAAAACGUUUGGAGCGCUGGAUGCAUUCAUCUGGGAUGGAUCCAGCAAAUGCUACGGGUUGCAGAUGACACUGAACGAGAACCAUGGAAUCAACGCUGCGCCGCUAAACAAAUUUCUCGAGUGGCUACAGAAAGCUGGCGUGAGUGCAGACCACUUCUACUUCACGUUCCUGGUUCCAAGUAACAUUGCAACCUCAUACAAGAAGCAAUCAGCAAGGACGGCGACUGGUGCAGUCAGCAAAGCCCCUGGAGCUGCCGCGGGGGUGAAUCAGUUUGUGGCUGUGCUGGACGUGACUGGUAGGGACGAAUGAAUAUUGUUGCGCACUUCUGGCUUGAAGAGGACUAGUGACCAAGUUCAUGCGGACCUACGAGCGGGUGCUGGAGGCGAAGAACAGGCUGGAAGUGGGCUGGCACCUACUGUCGCGAUACUUGUCGCGGCUCGCGGGUUCCGCUGGAGACCAAGUUCUGCUGCAGCUUCGUUUGUCGCGCGCAGCCCUCUGUCGAAAGGCUGCGGUUUCAGCAUUGAGCGCGCUCAAGUCGGCGAUGUCCUCAUCACCCCG